ACCGCCAAAAACUCGCCCAGAUUCCCCAAACCCUCGCAUAACAGUAUAAUUGCUACUACAAUGUCUACACAAGCAAACACUGGGAUUCCCUUCUCAUACUCCCACUCACAAUCUCCCAUCCAUCUAAUAGAGCUCCCACCAACUCUCCUAUCGCUCGUUACCUCUCCUUCACCACCGAUGUGCGCCCCUCUCCACACCCUCUCUACUCCAUUCCAAGACUGACACUCGCCCCAAGAAUCAAAAUAAAAGCAGCUCCAACACCCGCAAAUGCUACCGCCCCCCGUGGGUCGGAAAACCACGCAGUACUCUGUACUCCAACGCAGACCUUUUCCCUCCGACACGUUCAUUGCUCGAAUUCAAUCCUCCUCGUCCAGCCUUCGGAGCCCCCGCCUCCAGAUCCAGUUGAAGAUGAGCAACAGCAGACCUUCUCUCUUACGUCCACAUGUUUGAGAGCAGUUGCUACUGCUAGUUCCUGGUUGGAGUUAAUUCCCGUGACAGCAGACUGCGCAAGCCUUUUACGGGAAAAGAUACCAGUAUACCAUGGAUGGGCAGACGACGAUCCGGCGCUUCCGACAACGGAUGAGCCAAUAUCUAGAGCUCGACUACUCGACUCCAUACCCAUCAGCGAUGCAGAGUUUUCCGCCGCUUGGGAUGAGCUUCUCGCGUUUGAGGCGAAUAAUGGUGCGGCUUGUCGCCCUUCAGCAACAGCAAUCCUGAGAACGAUCUCUGAAAUCAAUACUUCGGCUACCGCAGAAUCAUUUCCGCUCUCUUCACCUUCGGCAUUUACGGGUUCUGCUAUCCUCGGGAUGCUGGAUGAUGUAGAGAUACCCGCUGGACUCGUCACGGUGGUGAUCGGGAGUAUAUGCGAUCGGGUGGAGGGAAGCACGGACGAAAACACUUGGCGAUUAAACAAGGACAAAUGCUGCGUGUUCGUUGGAGAGGCACUAUUGCAAGACUGUAUGGAGAUCAAGACUCGGGAAAUUGUGGCACGUCGACCGAAUACGGCAACUUUGAUUACAAGGUCCGCCUUCAUGGCUAAAUGGAAAGCCGCUGUGCCAGAGGAAUGCAUAAGCAAAUGUAGAUUGGAUACAAUCCAGGUAUGUGCCGCGCUCCCCCCUUGCCGCCGUCCCCCUCCCAAUCACCAAUGAUCUAAAACUUCCCGUAGGGUUGGCACGCACUAUUCGGAGACGCAGACCCCAGAGUCACCGCCGGGUCAUCUACAGCAUCAUUAUCAUCAUUACCAGCGCCUGCCAAAAACACGGCCCCCGCAAAGAAAAACUGGCACGAAAGGCUAGGGAAAAGGCGAUGAGCAUCCACCCUUCAUAUCCGUAACUACCGCCAACAUGUAACCGAAUAGCGUGUAUAUCAUAGAAAUCAUACCCAUCCAUAAUAGACUUUCGUUCCUUAAGCACACCCAACUAUAACUCUCUGCUCCACAACUAUUUCACUACCGUCCCGCCCUUGGCGUUAUCUCUCUCCUCCUCCUCUUCACCUCCCUCCUCCUCCUCCUCCUCACCAUACUUCUGCUCCUGCUCAGCCGUACCCCCACCCUUUUCCUCCUCCAUCCUCGCGGUAAGAUAUGCAUUCACCUCAUUUUGCAAUCCCACCACCACGCAGCGGAGUUCCGCCAGCGCGGCAGACUUAUCGAGUGUUUCCGGGAGCGGCUUGGUGAUUGUGUGGGGGGCGGUUGGGGUGAGGGGGGAUGCGUAUGUUGCUGUUAGGGUUGGCAUUGUACCGCUUCUCCGGCCUGCGCUGAGUCGAGCCGCCUGGGUGGUGGAGGAGAUAUUGUAGGUGGUGCGAUGAUAGGAACGUGUGGAUUUGUGGACGCUGCGGAUGUUGCGGACGGGUC